AUGUCCGUGUCCACCGAGAUCCUGAUCCACUUGUCGGCGUAUCUUGCGCUUUUUGUCUUUGCAAUGUACGUAGAUCAAUGGGUAGAAUGUUUCAGCGACUUCAGACGGAACCAGAUGGUGGCGUACGGCGAAGCUGUCGAUAUGAAGCUGCUGCGCUUCCGUCAACGCUUCGGUAAGCGGCGACGCGACUCUCAGACAGAUACGGAGAUCGAGGAUAACCUGCCACUGCUGGUACUAGAAUCUCCAGCUCCACACUCGAGACCCGUCUUCACCAUCCGAAGAAGUUGUCGUAGUCACUGUUCCUGUUGA